GUGAACUGGUCGAGUAAAAGGUUUGAAGGAGGAAUCGGGGCGAUUUCCUGUUUGUUUUCGAGAACUGUUUUGUUUUUUUCCUCGUUCAAAUUAAGGUUAUCUAAGUUCGCCUAUCGAUCUAGCGGGUUUCGCGUAUCUUGCUAUCUAAAGGCUUAAAUUUUGAUUGAACAACAGAAACUUCAUUUGCUGAGGUAAGCAAAUGUUGAAAAGUUGCCCUUCACCAACUAAUUCCACCGUUGUUAGCAUUAUUCAAUGGAGAAUGUUAAGCAUAUCAUUUUGGUUCUCUCAGGGAAAGGCGGUGUAGGAAAAUCGUCAGUAACGACGCAAUUAGCGUUGUCCUUGCAUGAAACGCCUUUCUAUUCCCGAAAACUACGUAUUGGAGUGUUAGACAUUGAUUUAACGGGACCUAGCAUUCCAAGAAUGUUUGGAAUGGAUGCGGAAACCCAUCGUAUUCAUCAGUCAAGCUCGGGAUGGGUUCCUGUGUACACAGACGAAACAAAGGAGAUUGGACUCAUGUCGUUAGCAUUUCUGUUGAGUUCAAAAAACGAUAGCGUCGUUUGGAGAGGUCCUAAGAAGGCCGCCAUGAUUCGUCAGUUUGUAUCCGACGUCAAUUGGGGAGACAUUGACUACUUGCUGAUUGAUACGCCUCCAGGAACGAGUGAUGAACACUUGACCAUUGUAGAAUCGUUACUUUCUGUAACGUCUGAGCGUCCACAACUUAUUGAUGGUGCUGUUAUGGUCACGACUCCACAAAACGUUGCUACUUUAGACGUGAAGAAGGAAAUCAAUUUCUGUCAGAAUCUUAAAAUCCCCAUCUUGGGUGUUGUGGAAAACAUGAGCGGUUUUGUCUGUCCACAUUGUUCGGACUGUACGAACAUCUUUUCCAAGGGUGGAGGAGAACAGCUCUCCAAUACAUAUCACCUUCCUUUCCUUGGAGCUGUUCCCAUUGACCCGAAGUUUGGCGAGCUCAUUGAGUCGCAGUCCACUGAACAUCCACUCAUUGAACAUUACAAGCAACUAGAAGUCGCCAAGCUUUUUCAAAAAAUUACACAAAAUAUGCUCGAUAGCCUCUUCCACAGUCCUUCGCUAGUGCUGGAUAAGGUACUUAGCGGUCAUCGAGGCAGAAUCUGGAGCGUUGCCGUUCAUCCCACUUUACCACUUGUAGCUACUGCCUCGGAAGACAAGUCGGUCCGUGUGUUUCAAGCUCAGACGGGUGAAUUAAUACACGUUAUUGACGGUUACCAUACCCGCAGUGUCCGGCGAGUUGCUUGGCGACCCAUUGACCGUCCUGUUUUAGCCAUUGCGUCUUUUGAUGCAACCGUCAGCAUAUACGAAAAGAUUGACGAUGACUGGGAAUGCGUUGCUGCUUUAGAAGGCCAUGAAAAUGAAGUCAAGUGUGUUGCAUGGUCACACGAUGGUGUGUAUCUUGCAACGUGUUCCCGUGAUAAGUCCGUUUGGAUUUGGGAAGCUAUGGAGGACGAUGAAUUUGAUUGUCUUGCUGUUUUACAGGAGCAUACGCAAGAUGUUAAGGUUGUCGCAUGGCAUCCUAAGGACGACUUGCUGGUCAGUGGCAGUUACGACAACACAAUCCGUUUCUGGAGAGACGAUGGUGAUGACUGGGUACAAACAUGCGAGUUGACGAGUCACACGAGUACCGUUUGGGCACUCAACUUUUCUCCUGACGGCCGGCUGCUUGCUUCGGGAGAUGGAGAGGGCGAAGUCUUUAUUUGGGAAAAGUUGGUGAGUAACGAAGAUGCCGCGCGGACACCGUCGACAAACAUCUUAAGACCUUCGUUAGAAGAAGAGUGGUGCCUAAAGGCUGUGCUGCCUCGCACAUUUACAGAGCCUGUGUACACACUUGGUUGGAAGGAUGAUCACACUCUAUGUGCUUCAGGUGCUGAAGGGACAAUUGGUUUGUUUGCUUAUGAAGACGAUGUCUCUACUUGGCACACUGUUUCUCUUAAAGAAAAGGCUCAUGAUGUGUAUGAAAUUAAUACCAUCGCAUGGACAAACGAUUCGCGGUUGCUGUCUGGAGGCGACGACGGCCUCUGCAAUGUUUGGAAAUUGUCAGAAGCAGAUCAGACCGCAUAAACUGUUUCCAAACGACCCUUCAACAAUGUUUCCCCCCUCCUCCUGCCUCCAUUUUUGUAUGUUUCUCGUUGACAUCCCAGCCGUCCAACCCUCCUCCCCAGUCACACACUCACAACGCUCAUCUCGCGGAAUUAAAACUCACCUUACCAACUUUUUGAGUACAAAAAAAUACAUUCUCAAAAUACUUAAACGAACGUUGUUCUCUAGAGAAAGAUAAUCGUCAAAAGAAGUGUAACAACACGGAAGCAAACAGGCUUCCGCGAACUCCAAAAAAUAUAGUUGUACAAGUCUUUUCUAUACUCCCCAAGCCAAACCAAAAAGUAACAGGUGGAUGAGUCGUGUAGAAAGACAAAAAGAUAGGAGACGAGAGGUGGCGUGAACAAAAGGACACACGCCAUAUAAGGAACUAAACAAGGCAAAAUAGAACGUGCCAUGUGUUCAUAUACAGUAAUAUACAAGGACGAUGUAAAUGUAGUCGCAAACAACAGACCGAAAACUUGUUGUUAAGUUUUUUUGUAAAAAUCAUCAAGACAAAACGGAGAAAAGGUAGGAAGGAGGUAAAGGGGAACAACAGACAAAGGCGAAGCUCAACAGAUAACAAAAUUCUAAUUACUGUCGCUCUCGCUUCGGUGAUGCUCUUCGAGAAUAGCACCAGCGCCUCUUUUUAAGAGUGCUGUAGCAACAUUCAUGCCUAGCUGCUCUGCGUCUUUUUCCGAAGACACUUCCAUGAAUUCCGACGCGUAAGCACUGCGAGUGCCAUCUGAAGACACCACCAUGCCCUGCAAAACAACGCUGUACUUGUCCUUUGACAAAGGAAGACAUUGCGUUUCCACACCAAUGGGUAUAGCACAACCGCCCUGCAGACGCUUCAUCAGAGCACGUUCAGCCAAACAGGAAUACGUAGUCUCCAUGUCCUGGAGAGGCUUCAAUAACUCAAUGAUUUCUGUGUCAUCAGCGCGGACUUCUACGGCUAGAGCGCCCUGGCCGACGGCAUAAAAAACAAAAGGCGCUUGCAGCAUUUGCGUUAUACGAUCCUUCAAGUUCAAUCGAAUUAGACCGGCAGCAGCGAGAAUGAGACAGUCAAAGGGCGAGUCAGGGGCAUCCAGCUUCGCCAAACGGGUACCGACAUUUCCACGAAUGUCCCUAAACUUCAAGUGCGGAAAGUGGCGCUGAAGCAUAGCCCGUCGACGAAUACUGCUGGUACCCACGACACUGUUGGGAGGCAGUUCAGAGACACUUUUGUAAGGGGAACCAGCACGCAUAACAACAGCAUCCAGGGGACAACUACGUCGGGUGAUGCACGCGAUCGUCAUACCCUCUGGAAGAUCGGUGGGCAAGUCCUUCAAACUGUGCACGAGCAUGCGGCAUUCACCAUGCAUUAGCAGGACCUCGAGUUCACGUGUCCACAACGACUUCGCCAUUUGUGUCUUGAACUCGAACAGAGCCUUAUUAAUAAUCUCAUCGCCGACAGUAUCACGGGAAAGGAUGGGGAAGUUAUAUUCGGGAUACAGUUCCUUCAGCUGCUUCAACACGAGGUUCGUUUGAAUGAGAGCAAGUUUCGACUUGCGAGACCCAAGCGGAAAUGUUGCAUUAAUUCCAAUUAUAGAGGGCAUAUCCGCUGCACAAGGAAACGAAGAGAGGAAGAAUUAUAGUACAAGGGGGGUCACUCGUAGCAGCACCUCCGGAGAAGAAAAAUUCCCCAACGAAAAGAAAUGAAGUGGAAUGAAAUGUAGUUAGUGGGAGGUAAGGAGGAGGAACUCUCUCACCUGACGCGAAUUUGCGUAUUUUUUGAUAUAAACAAGAAGAAAAAAUGCCAAGGAAGCAAACGAAUCCUGUCAAUGACACGAACACGAUCCAAAUUACAGUCUAAUUGCGAUUUUUUUUCGCGAAGCUUAUUUAUCAACAGUAAUCGGCCUUUAGACCUAGAGUCAGGAAAAUGACAGCUGCAAACCGGGACAGCGCCGUGGCCAGAAAAUGUGCCGAACUAGUUAGAAACAAAAACUUUUAAGCGAUUAAGACGAAACUCCAGCCAAAAACAUGAGUCCAAGCCUGUUUCCGAUAAAAGAAUGAGCGGAAUUCGAUGAAAAAACC